GGAUUUGUUGAUAUGAAUACCCGAACGGCGUUCUCUCCAUCUAGGUUAGGUACUCAACCAUACUGUUGGUCUUCACAGUGUCCCAAGCUUUGAACCCAAAAGAUAAUUAGGUUAGAGGUACUUAGUGUUGUCCCUUUUCACAUGACCGUGAGUCACUGCAUUCAACGACAAACAAACUUCCAAAACAUCACCAUGAUGUGUAAGAUAAACCUCUUACUGCUAGGCUACUGUUGCCAGGUGACUGCGAGCACCUGGCGUAUGCCUGACGUGGUUACAACCUCAACAGCCGGCAGAUCUGCCAAGGCAACUUAUUUGCCUGACUCACGAGCCUCGUAUAAUUAUUUAAAUCCAUCUUCUGCGUGCAUUCAAUCCCGUCGAAUUCAAAAUACUCAAAUCUCAAAUCUUUACACAUUAAACUAGGUAGCCAACAAGCGUACCACAUGAACCCGCUCACAAUGGCUACCGAAAAAGCCUCAGACGGACAGGCUGAUGCCGCCUCGUUCCUAUCCCUCCUGGAACCCCUCCCUGACCACGGCGUGAGCCUCGAUACAGCUCGGUGCCUAACCGCGAGGAUUGACCACCUAUCCCAACAAGUAGACCGCUUCGACAAGAAAGUAAACAGCAUCGCGGAAAGCGUAGCCAACGUGGUUCUCCUCGUACAAGAAAUCAUCCGAAAAGACAAGCCAUCCGAACCGCCCAUUCAUCAUCAUCAUUAUCAUCAGCACCAUCACCAUGAGGCAACGACCCCAAAUGCCGUCGUACAGACUCCCCCGUCUAUUCCCAUCCCCAGUGUUGCCUCCCCCCCAAUCCCGCAGCUCAGACGAGAGGAUAUCGGCCGCUUCGACCCCGGCCACGCCGACGAGCGGGGAACGGGCAUGGUCGUUGUUCCCGACGGCAACAGUAGCGCUGCUACUACUGCUACUACUGCCACUACCACCGCCACCACUACUGUCGUCAUCUUCACAGACGUCGACCUCUUCGUCGAGCACAUCGAAUUCUUCCUGCAGGACCCAACCACAGCCCCGUCCAACGAGCGGCAAAUCCUCUCGUGGCUGGAAGCCCUGCUGCGGGGCGCGGCAGCCGCGUGGUGGAGCCGGGAGCUGACGCGGGAGGACCGGCGGGCGCUGCGGCGCGCGGGGCUCGGGGAGGUGCUCGUGGACCUGUCGCGGCGGUUCGCGGCGGACGCGGCGGUGGCGGCGGUGCGCUUCGACCACGGCAAGCUGGGGCUGCGGGAGGUGGCGCACGACGAGCACCGCGUGGUGCAGUUCGUGCGGGCGAAGCUGCGGUGGGCGCGCGACAUGCGCCUGCUCGACGAGCGCGGCCGCGAGUGGCUGUUCGUCAUGCUCCAGAUCUGGUUCAGCAUGGACCUCGACAUCCGCGGCAUCUUGCGCCCGCCCUCGCCCCGGCACACGCUCGAGCUGUACCUGCGCGAGAUCUGCGAGGUCACUCCUGCUCUGAUGAGCCGGGCGCUGCAGCUGUAUCCUUGAUUAGGUACCUAGGUAGGGGGAAAGAGGGGGGGCUAGACAAAAGUGGUGAAGAUUCGAGCAAACGAGUUCCGCGGAUAUGGCCGCCAAUGGACCAACAGUGUUUGCAUCGGGAAGCUAUGACUACCUAGGUACCUACCUAUAGCACCACAACCGAAGACCACGUUCUAGCCCAUGAUAUCAAGGGGAUCUUCGUCAGACUUCCAUAUUCACACACCUUGCUUGAGGAGGGAGAAUUUACCAUGGUUGGGGACAUGGACAUAUCAUAUCGCAC